AUGGCUAGUCGGAGAUCAAGACGUCCUCCUUCGUUGAACCUUUCCCUCUCGUCUCGCGAAACAUCACCCACAAACAGAACUACACCUUCCCCGGAUCCGGAUACAGACGACGAGGGCAUGUCGAACGAGUAUAAUAACAACCGGCCGUUGAGUGUGGUGUACCCUUCGGGCCCAUACUGUGUAAAACGACCGUCAUUGUCGGAAGUAUUAUCGAAUACUGCGGGAGCACCCUUCACCCUUACUGCCUUUAUGGCCUUUCUAUCUCAAAACCACUGUCUUGAGACAUUGGAGUUUACAAUGGACGCUACUCGAUACCGAAAGUACUUCAAUGCUUGCGUUGCAAGCGAGGACAACAAGUCUGCCAAUGCAGAGAAGGGACGCGAAUAUGUGCGGAUGCUGUGGCGGAAGAUUCUGGAUGCCUACAUUGUGCCCAACGGUCCUCGUGAAGUGAACCUUCCCUGCACCGUACGGAAUCACAUUCUCAACCUGCCAUCUUCUCGGGCGCCCCCGCCGCCAGAAUCCCUCGAUCCAGCUGUAAAUAUCGUCUAUGAACUGAUGCAGGACAGCGUUCUGAUGCCUUUCAUUAGCGACUGCCAACAACAGGCCGCGUGUGCAGGGCAUUGCCCAUGGGGAGAGGCCGCACAGUCGGAUGAGAAUUUGUGCAUGCGUGGGAGUCUUGAUGAGCGGUUUUUGAGGAGGAGGAGCAAGAGGGAUUCUUCGCCUCCACCACUAUUGGAUUUUGUGUCGAAUUCUUACUCGAGCGGGUCAGCUCGCCAACAAAGAGCGGCCUCUCCUUUCAGUGCGAGUUUGGGAUGGCACAGGCAUUCAGCUGCGAUGGGUCCUGGUUCUUGGGGUUCGGGCAGUGGUGACAGUUUGAUGAUGAUGGUGGAGGAUUCUGGCACCUCAUCACCGGGGUCAUACGCAAACCCUAUGACUCCCCCUACCACUCCACCGACCUGUGAAUCGAUGCUCCCCAGCUCGGCCACCAGCUCUCCGAAGCACAAGACAACAGCAGACAAGGCAGCUAAGGGCUGGAAGAACAUGACAGACCUUAGAAACUUGGGAAAGCAGUUUGGCUGGAGCAAGAAGAAGGGUUCUCAGGUCUGGAGCGAGAACGGCAGUUUCUAAUCAUUUUUUUCUUCGACCCACGGAUUUCUCUAUCAGUUCAUUUUGUUGGUCUGACAUUUUUACGCUGCCACGAAGUCAACGAAUCCGUUACUUGUUCAAUCUUCCGAUCGUUGGGUUGAUAUGCGGUUUUAUUUAUCUACGACACACCAUUUAGACACGAAUCACGUCCUUACAUAACCCUCUAUGAUACGCUAAUUCGCAUCGUUAUCCUCUACCACUACUACCUUAGUCGAAGAUAAACGAUCAUCAUCAACCUCCUCACUUGUACUUUUACGAAAAAAAAGUGGACGGUUUCAUUAUUCAAAACCUUGCAUUAUCUAUUACGGGGAUUUCAUUUUUUAUUAUUUAUUUUACAUUGUGGUUUUAUGUUUUUGCAUUGUACCUAUGGCGCAUUUGGGCGUACUUUUUUGGAGCAAUGGCGAGCGAAAGGGAUAAAAAGAGUCUGGGGAUUUGUCAUUCGGUGGAGUUUCACAUUUCAACGUUUUCCUUGCGGUUGAACGGUUCAUCAAAUGAAGGGCAGAAUGAGGAGCAUAUUGCUGCUCUCACUGAGCAUCGCAAAUUUUUUUUUAUCUCCAUCGGACGAAAGGAAGUAAUGGAUGGGGCCAUAUUUCCUUUGGGGUUUUUUCUUUUCCUUCGCUUUACAAAUCUCCCAGACUUUUUUGGUUUCCUUUGACUUGGGAAAUGGGUCUUAUUUGUAACAGAACCCUUAUUUCCCACUUGUAUUAUGGGUUUCUUUUCCCCCCUUCUUGUCACUAUUAUUACCCUUUUUAACAUAGGGCGGUUACCUUUUUUUUAUUUUAUUCCCUUCGUCGAAACUUUAUUGCAUUGGUACGGGACGGGACAAGAUAGGGUGAAAGGGGAUGGGGAGUCUAGUGGUUGUUUUUGAAUAGGAAUGAAGAGGUCUUGCCAAAAUAUUCACACAGUUUGGUAUCAUCUAGUUUGGUGCAUCCGGGAUGAAUAAGUUUGUUUGAGCUUGAGAUCCGCUCUGGCUUUUUUUGUUUUUUUUAAGGGAAAAAGAUCAAUUUGCUCAG